AUAGACGCACCGGAAGUGGAUCAUUGACAACAAAAAAGCUGUCAAAAUAAAGCAUGCUGUUGCAGUGAAUAACUAGAUACUAAUUGAUUGACUCAGAAUGGCGGAAGAUAUAGAUGAUUUACUUGAGGAGGUUGAGUCAAAAUUUCUGACGAAGGACAACAAAAAGACAAAAUCUAAGAGUAAUCGAAAAGAGAAAAGAGAUAACGAUUAUGAUAUAGAUGAUAUAUUAGAUGAUAUACAAGUAGAACCCAUUGCAAAGGGUUCUGUUCCAAGUGCUCCCAAUGGUACAGCAACAGAUUUACGUCCAGCUUCAGGUAGAAAGUGCUUUCCAGUGUACAUAGGAGGUGCCUUGUGUUCUCAGGGCAUGGCUAGUUCUGUUAACCAGAGGUCAUGUGACAAGCUGCGAUGUACAUCAUGUGACUUCAAAGUGUGUUCAUUUGAUAAUUAUGAGUGGCACCCGGACACUGACUAUCUGUUUCUCAGGAAUAAUGCCCCAGACUAUCACAGACUGAAGACUAAUCUGGUUCCCAAAAGAGGUUCCCGGUCAUACUGCUGUCAGUGUUGCCUUCGCUCCGUCCAAGAAAUGACUAAGUUGGCAGACCCUCGGCUCAAGUGGGUGUGCGGAAAACAUUGAUGAUGGACCUUAGCUUAGAUUCUCACCAAGUGGAUUAAACUCAGAUUGUGCUCACCAUUUUGUGUGAUUUUGUUCAUUGUGUUCGGUGUUUAGCUUACCAUGGUUUAGCUUUUCUGAUUGAAGUUUUUCUGGUGUUUGUAAAUUGUCAAAUUUUUCACAUUUUUGUUGUGUCUAUAACAGUCUUUAAACCGCACCAUUGCAUUAUGUACAAAAUUAUCAAUGAUCAAGCAAAUCUGGAACUUUCUUAGGCGGUCAGUGAUUGUCGGUUAUUAAAUGCUUUAUAAAUGUUUCCAAAAUGGUCAAAUGCAUCAUGAGCACAAUAUUCUAUCAAAUCAUUUUGAAAGUUAAUUUCAAGAAAUAGAUGCAUACACUAGUAGUGUAUUUUGACCUAAAAAUAUCCAGGUAAUUGCAAAGAUGUCAAACUGAAAGACUCUCAGAGUGGAAAUCCUUGCAUUUUCCUGCUAAAUACUCAGUUUCCAUUUGAUUAUGACAUAGCAAACACAUAGAUUUCAUCGUACAUGUAAUUUGAUCAAAUUUGACAGAAAACGUGUCUUUACAUGAGAAAGAGUAAGAGGCCUCGAGCAGAAAUAUUUACAUAAUUUGAACAGAACAAGAUAUGACACGUGCAUAUUUUUAUCAGUUUGUCGUUUUCCCUGGACUACAUUAUUAUAAUGCAAACAUUAUUUAGACAUUCCUGGUUUUUUUUUAUGGAACAGGACUGCAGUUUGAUUAUGUAUUCAUUCCCAUGUAAAGCAGUGCUUUGUGAAAUCCCUGCUGUUCAGACUGUACACACUUCAACUUGUUGAAAUUCCGACUUCAUGGGUCUUUUCAAAUAAAGAUUUCACAGAAUCUUUCCAAUAGCAAUAAAUUACAUUAUAAUUCCAGUUUAUCAAAAUAGUAUACAAGCACCUUGGGGUGUGUUUUCGUGAUAAAUUCUGAACUUUUGGAUUAUUGUCUGGUUACUAUUAGUGUUCGUAAAGCACAAGUUUGAUCUCUGUAAGAAGGUGGCACGGGUGAGCGUGUGGUCUAUUGGGCCUCAUCUUUUGUGUACUUCUUAGAUUUUUGCUGAAAAGUAUUGUCCAUUAAAUUGUAUAUGAAUUGUACCUGGCAUUAUAUAUAUAGUGAAAUUAAUGAAAAAGUGUUUUUUGUAUGCAGACACUGAACUAGUCUGAAUGAGUGUGUCUCCUCGGUGUCAGCAGUCAAUCUUCUGAAAGCAUACAAACGUGAAGAAAAAAAAUCUGAGGACUACGUUAUUGCAGUUAGUUCACACCAGCUUGUAAUCCUCAUAUUGUGUGCAAUGUAUAUGCAGUAAUUAUAUUGUGUUGGUUGAAUAUGUAAUUAACAUGAACAUUACAUAACAUCAUUAGUUGUAUUCUCUCCACACAGAAGCCACAGGCAUUUUCUUGACAUGAAACAUUAUACAUGUACAUAUAUGCUAUUCAGUAAAACAAAAGGGUUAAUCUCCUAAGCAUGUCUGUGCCAGUCAAGAUGAAAUUUUAACUACAUCUGAUUUGCUAUUAUAAAGUGAAAUGGAUGUUGAUUAACAGAUUACUAAGGUCCCAGUCAGAGCACCUGCUUAUACUGUAACGUCUGUGUCACUACUUGUGUCUGUUCAUCACCAGAUACCCAUUCCCUGUAAUUUCUCCACUGCAACUCAUGAGACUGACAACUACAAGUUAAUUGUAACGAGCUAUUUCACAUACUAUAUCUUGUAUAAAUUGUACAUGGUAUGCUACAGAUGUUGGAGCUUGUGUGUGUUCGAAAUAUCCCCGACAAGCAACCCAAUCCUCUUAAAAUCAGCGUCUUAGAAAAUAUCUUGUAAAAUUUUAUGAUGUUAUAUCAAAUUAUGUUUUUGAUUAAAACUCAAAUGAUUUAUAAAUCUGAAUGACUCGUCCUUGUUGAUUGGGUUAGCUGUGUGUCAUUGUAUCCUGUGAUAUGAUUAAAUAAAGACAGUUCUCACAAUGUUA